AUGCCGCAAACUCCACAUCCACGUUUCCUGCUUGUGACCUACAAUACUGACAUUGAAGCUGGCUGUGCCAUACCCAUGUACCAACCUAGACAUGUAGCAUGGGCAGUACCGAUUCCCGAAGGUGAGAAAGACAACAUUUGGCGCCUAGUGACUGCAGCUACACAGCCGUGGGCCCUUGUGCGACUUGAAUCGAGACCAUUGCGAACGUGGUCAUGCCUCCGCCUUGUGCUACUGACUCGAGACGAUGGCAAACAUGCUUCCGCCAUUACUUCUGACCUCGGUCAACCACGCGUUCGCUGCGCCUUCUCCAUUGCGCUGCCAUUGACGGACGCCCUUUGUGUUGUGUUUUCCUUUUCUGAGAAUACGUCGAACAAUCCUGCACAUGCGGUCGGUAAGGUAUCGCUCCGAUACUUCGUCAAAGACCCCAUGUACUCGGGGAGACCGCCUAUCCCUUUACAAGUCCGGAUCCUCCGCUGCAGUUCAAUCAAUACUUUUACCCAUAUCUCUUCACAAGAAGCACCGACGCACGCCGACGACGCCCGCCCUCAGUCAUCAAUCGAGAACAACAUAUGGCAUUGGGUCAACAGGAGGCUCAAAGUUCGUUUGUGCCGUGUCCCGGUUGAAGCAGCCGCGCUUCUUGUUCGACAAGUGAAUGAGCUGAGGUAUGUUUAUGCAAUAUCCAUGCACUGGUCCACGAAGACCAUUCAUGAACAAGAUGCCCAUGAACAAGAUACAGUACUUGCAACAAAGAUUUCAUUGCCAGUGCCACCUUCAUCGAUCCACCUUCGCAUCAGCGAUAAGAGCGUGGUUUCGUUUGCAUCUCGAAAUUCAGCGUCGCCCACCAAAAGUUUGAGGAACUUCAGGCCCAUUCCAUCGCCAGCGACGACAACCCCACACCCACCGAAACAACCCCCAAUAAUCAUUCGACAUGUCUGGAAAGCUCGUGGUUCUACCUCCGGUAACAAGCUGAAGAUGACGCUUGGUCUGCCAGUCGGCGCCGUCAUGAACUGCUGCGACAACUCGGGAGCCCGCAACCUGUACAUCAUCUCCGUCAAGGGUAUUGGUGCGCGUCUUAACCGCCUGCCUGCCGGUGGCGCUGGUGACAUGGUCAUGGCAACUGUCAAGAAGGGAAAGCCUGAGCUCAGGAAGAAGGUCAUGCCCGCCGUCAUUGUCCGCCAGAGCAAGCCAUGGAGGCGAGCGGACGGUGUCUUCCUCUACUUCGAGGACAACGCCGGUGUCAUUGUCAACCCCAAGGGUGAAAUGAAGGGCUCUGCCAUUACCGGACCUGUCGCAAAGGAGGCUGCUGAGCUGUGGCCGCGUAUUGCGUCCAACUCUGGUGUGGUCAUGUGA